CACAAAAUUAACACUUUGCGUUACCGUUAGUUAUGACUACUCAAGAACAACCUGCGUUUGUUGUGCUAGAUACCAAUCAAGGGACUAUAACUGUUGAACUAUACUGGAAACACGCUCCUAAAACGUGUCUUAAUUUCGCCGAGUUAGCGAGGCGGGGCUAUUACAAUGGUGUUGCAUUCCAUCGAGUUAUCCGGGAUUUCAUGAUACAAGGAGGUGAUCCAACAGGCACUGGUCGCGGAGGGGCUUCAAUAUAUGGCUCUUAUUUUGAGGAUGAGAUUCACCCUGAUCUCAAACACACAGGUGCUGGUGUGGUUUCCAUGGCAAACGCUGGUCCAAAUACAAAUGGCAGUCAGUUUUUCAUAACCUUGGCCCCUACACAGUGGUUAGAUGGGAAGCACACAAUUUUCGGGCGUGUUGCCACCGGUAUGAAUGUUGUUCAACGCCUAGGUAUGGUUGAUGUUGAUCAAACAGAUAGACCGCGCGAAAUGAUCAAGAUAAAUCGUGCCAGUACGACUAAUGCAGUGUAGUACACUUUCUGGCUCCAUUCCUUGUAUCAGUAUCUGAGAUAAAACGCAUGUUUUUUGAAAUUUUACCCACAACAAAGCGAUGACUUAAAUUUCAAUUUGAGGGUAAAACGGACUAAUUUACAUGAUUUGUCCAAGACGCAUGAAGCGAAUAAAUGAGUUUCGCUGCGGCCUAAUGAUCGUAAUAUAGCUUUUUACUGUAUGUAGUA